GUACAUUUGUAUAGUGUUAAGUAUAAUAUCUGUGUUUAUUUUUAUCAAUUUUUAAUCUAAUAUAGUUCAUGUGUAAGAAAUAAUGUCCUUCGAAUACUUGCCCGUGGCGGAAGACGAAAAUGAAGAGCCUAUAGAGUUACCAAUCGAAGAAGAUGGAACGUUGAUGUUAAGUACCGUAUCUGCGCAGUUUCCUGGUUGUUGCGGAUUAAAAUAUCGCCAUCCUGAGACGAAAAACAUUAGAGGAAUCAGGUUAAGAGAUGGCAGGCUCUAUCCUCCCCCAGAGGGAUGGGGUAACCACUUGUACAUAUGCAGCUUUCCAAAGGAGAACAAACGCAAGCCAGGUGAAAACUCGGAAAGCUCUUCAAGCAAGAACAAAAAGAACGAUAACCUAUGUUCAGAUCUAAUAGUACUCGGGCUGCCGUGGAAGGCAACUGAGCAAACCGUGCGCGAGUAUUUUGAGAAAUUCGGAGAUGUUUUGAUGGCUCAGCUGAAGAGAGACCCUAAAACUGGCAUGUCUAAAGGAUUCGCCUUCAUCAGAUUCGCUAAUUACACGUCCCAAAUGAGAGUGCUAGCACAGAGGCACAUGAUAGAUGGAAGGUGGUGUGAUGUGCGAAUACCCAACUCUAAGGAGGGCUCAGUCACAUCAAUGCCCUGUAAAGUGUUUGUUGGCCGCUGUACUGAAGAUAUAUCAGCUAAUGAUCUAAGGGAGUAUUUUUCACAGUUUGGAGAAGUGACAGAUGUAUUUAUUCCAAAGCCAUUUAGAGCUUUUAGUUUUAUAACAUUUUUGGAUCCAGAAGUUGCACAAAGUCUAUGUGGUCAAGAUCAUAUUAUAAAAGGCGUGUCUGUAAAUGUUUCAAAUGCAUCACCAAAGCAGAACAAGAGUGGUUCUAAUCAACGUAACUUACCAGCUAGAAUUUAUGAUGAUGGACAUCCUCACAAUGCCUCCAACAAUAAUUCUUGGAGUAGCCGCAACAUGGAUAUGGUGAAUAUGCAAGCAUUGGGAAUGUCAGGUCAGCAUGGACAGACUGCUGUGGCUGGUGGUGGUGGACAGGGCCAGGGAGGCAGCAUGCCUUUAGGCAUGGGUGGUUUGCCUGUGAAUCAAGCUUUAGUGGCUGCUGCAUUGAAUCAAGCAGCUGGCUGGGGCCUCAUCAACAAUAUACCAUCUGGUGGCUCAGAGCAGGGUGCAUUCGCCGGCCCUGCAUCAUCAGCCCCGCCAGCCCCUCCCAACUUCCUCUCGUGGAUGCAACAAGGUAACUCUGCACAGGGACCUUCUAGUCAGUGGGGACAGCGACACCAAUCCCAAGGCCACUCUGUUUGAUCCUAUAUCUGAUUUAACAAGCUCAUGAUAAUCUCUGUGAUUGUAGCGACAAUUAGAUAAAUAUCAUUUUGUCUUUUUCUAUGUAUAAUACAACUGGGUUGUUCUGUUGGUGAAGAGUGGUUUACCUGAUUUGCUACUGAUGUUAUUUAUUAUGGAAUUGCUUGUGAUUUGUUGAUUUUCUUAAAACCUAUAUUAUAUUAAUGAAAACUAGAAUAAAAUUGAGAGGACAUACAUUCAACAGUAGGUAAAUUAUGUAUGUUUAUUAUUAUAUUUGAAUAAUUUAUUGUUGUGCUUUGUUUGUUAAUGAUAUAUAACUUUAUCAAAAAAUUUCCUUUUAACAUUAUUACAUCAGCAAAAAAUAAUUAUUCCUGUUUAACACUUUUACGCUGGUCAACAAUUUUGACAUUUUGGGUGUAAACUACAGAUUCAUUUUUUAUUCCAUAAAGGCAAGAUUCUUUCGUACAUGAACUUCAUUCUCAUAAUUCUUGGAACAAAUAUUUAUUACAUUUAUAGCAAUUGUGUUUUGAUAAUUAUAUUAUUUCAAAAUUUAUAGAAAUGGUGGUGGAUCAUAUCAAUUCUCCCAUUAUUGUUUUUUAUAGUCGUUAGGUUGAGGAGCACCUCAAUCUUUUACUGGCAAUAAAAGAUGUGCCCUUUACUUAUGAACUGUUGCUCUUGAACCUUUGUGUUUUAAUUAACUAUUGUAUUAACAAUAAUUUUCAGAUUAUACUUGUCUAUUUCAUGUCAGAACUGUAGGUAGGGGAAACUGUAUUAUUUUUACCAUUAUUAUAACUGCAAGUCAAUGAUUUCUUUGUAAUUUGGCAAUUUAACAGAGACUGUUGAAUUCCUAUUCUACAAUCAAGAUUAUAGUCAACAAGGGACUCACACUCUUGCAUAAAAUACUAAAGAUUAAUUAAGAAAUGUGUCCAUAUAGUGAGAUCUUAAUGAGAUGUAGGUAAUGACGCAUAAUAAAUUGAUUAUUACCUCAAGAACGCACUAAAGUGCGUCAGCGCGCUAUCGACCAACUUAUUGUGCUUAAUUUGCAAUUGUUUAAUAUCACCAGUCUACAAUAGAUACUAUAUGAAUGUAAUAGAAUUAGGAGAAUUGCUGUGGUUUUGUACAUUAAUAGGUAUAUGUUUUAACAACAGAAUGUUGAAAAUUCUUACUUGUACAGUAAAAAAUAGAAAUCUAUUGAAUUGUUAUCCGUUAUUUAUCAAAUAAUGUUGAUUAUUAUAAAUUUAUUACGUAUGUUUCCUCAGGUGGGUGAGCAUUGAGAAUUGAGAAAAGAUGAAUAUUUUUGACAAAAUAAAUGGUUCAAGUAUUUUUGUGAAUCAGCGAGGAGUUAUUUUUUAAUAUUGAGUAAUUGUAACUGUAGAACACUGAUCUAAACCACUGUAUAUAAAACUCUUGGACAAAACCAGAGGAUGUACAAAUUUUAAGACUGCAAAUACUUAAUAUUCAAAUGUAUAACACCAUUAAUGUAAUUAAUUGAAUUUCAACUGUCCCUGACUACUAUACAAAUAUUUCAAAAUUACACUUUAUAGCUUGUAGAUGUAUAAUCUUAAUUUUGAAACAAAUUGCUGAAGGAACAGAUUGGGCUUUUAAAGUGUACCCCUCCCGUAAAUUGUAAUUGUUAAGUACAAAGGACCUCAGUGUGUUAGGUACUAAUAGACGUGAAAGAAUAUAUCCUCAAACAUACGACUUCCUUUGCAAUUGUAUUGUUAUGCCCUUGGGAAUCGAAACACACUUGUAAUUAAUAUUAAUUUCUUAUGUAUAUAGAUUUAUUGUUGACUUCUUAUGAUAUCAUCCAUGGUUGAUCAACGCGCCAUAACUGUAUGUUCGUUUUCUUUUAAUUAAAGUUGAAAUUUAUUUGUGGGGAUUUGGAAUUGUUUUUCUUGUGUAGGUAUGUUUUCGCUUGAUUAGUUGUUUUAUUAACUUAUUAUGGCAAUUGUUGUUUUGGUUCUAAUUUAUGCAUGUCAGUUUAAUGUAAGGUUUUUUGUGUGUUUAGUACAUAAUAUAGGAUAAACAAUAUUAUGUAUAAUUUCGGAAGUCCUUAAAUCAAGAAGUCAAUUGGAUCAAAAAAUUUACUUAGAUAGUUACACAACUAACGUCUUUAGUACAGG